AUGGAAGGAUUCAAGCGACAGCUUCCAUGGGCUCUCGUGUAUGCAGACGUAGUGGCGUUGAUGGCAGAAAACAGAAAAGAACGUGAAAAAGAGAUACGAGAUGGAAGAAUCAAUAAGAGUGAAAAACGGUUGCGAUGGUACGGGCAUGUGAGCAGAAGAGAUGAGACCUACCUGACAAGAGUGGCUAGUCUUUGGGGAAGGCCAAAGGUGAGUUGGAUGAACGGAAUCAGAGCUGAACUGAAAGAACUUAGCCUAGAUGAACGUUAUGACCUGAAUCGGGAAUACUGGAGACAGAUGUCCCGUAAAGCAGACCCUGCGUAA